AUGCUCCGCCACUCCCUGCUUCCUAUCCACCUCGGCUCGACGUGGAGGGGCUGAUGCUACCGGUGCUCGAUGUAUGGAAGGUAGCCUGCUCUGCGAGGGACGUGAGCGCGAGAUACGAUGCGGCAACGCGGCAAGGCCGAAUGCUGCGGACCUCAUACUGGAGAGCAAGCGGCUGCGAGUGCCACAGGGCCAGGUCACUCACCCUUUCCUCAGUACUGAAGGGCGUGAUGGCGCCUCCUGACCUCCAAUACCGUAAUCAUGGCUCCUCCGCCGUCACACCUGCCCCCGUCGUCUUGUGCUCCGGACACAUGGAACCUUCACGCACGCGCUGCCAUCCUUUCCCCACCCACUCCCUUACCUCCCUCGCUUGCCCCUCACGCCCGUGUCCACCUCGUUCACCCCUGCUACCCCGUAUUACAUCACUCCUGCUGCCACCACCACAGAUGAGGCCUUCAACGCCACCCUCGCCGCCUUCGCCGCCGCCACGGACCCGGACACCCUCACCAGCCGCCUGUACGCGCUCGCGUAUGGUGCUGCCGGCAGUGGCGACAGUGGCGGCAGCGUCAGCGGUAGCAGCGGUGUCCGUACAGCCCGACUGCUUGGGUUGCUGCGGGCGGGGGUAGCAGCGGCCAACAAUGCCACCCUGCUCAACCAGGCAGUAUCCAGCCGAAUCACCAGCGGCGGUAGUGGUGGCGGCAGCGGCAGUAGUGACGAGGCGUACUUUGUUCGGCCGUUGUCGAGUGAUGUGGCUACCGCUGUGGUGGGUCGAAUGGUAGUUUCGGCGCAACGUGAGCUGUUCUUUGCGGUUCGAUCAUCGGUAGCAGCCAACAAUACCAGCAGGGGCAGCGACGGCGGCGCUAGUGGCAGCAGCAGCGGCAACAGCAAUGCCACCAGCAAUGGCCUGUUGAUGGAAGUAAUGAUGGACGCCGCCAGGUUUAAUAGCACGGUGAAAGUCAUUACGGCGGGGGGUCGCUCCGCCUUGUCGGCGUUGGAGGCGGCGGUGAGCCGCUCGCUCACCUCCCGCUCCCAGCUGCAGCGGCUUAUGCAGCUGCUGUACGACGAGUCGUACUAUGGGCCCUUGGACAGCGGCAGCAGUAGCGGCGGAGGGCUGACAACAGAUGACCUGGUGGCUGCUCGCUCGCGAAUCCUGGGUCGGGCGCAGUCGCGGCUCACCUGGCUGGCUGCCCACCAGCAACCCAUCUGCGCCUUCCUGAGGGCGGAGCGCCUCGCCACAGCGCAGCAGCAGCGGCGGCGGAGUUAGAGAAGGCACGACAUACGAGUAUUAACUAUGACGCACGUUCGUUCGGGUAGUACGCGGGAUUCAAGCGUUGUUCAACAUAGCACAGCGUAACGGACGAACUUGUGAGACACAUAACAAACGUGCAGGGAGGCGGUUAUGCACCGCACGAUGCAUGCAUGCAAUCGGAGGUGUGGCCCUGCCUGCAAUGAGUGGAGGCCACCUAGUUGGCCUAGGUUUGGAGGGGCAAGCCGGGGAAAGUCGUAAACGGUAAUGCUCCGUGGGGAGGGUCCUGAUGACUCGGUGUUGCAGUACGUGUUGCCGCGCCGGCAUGGGAGGGGGGGGCAUGUGCUGCAUGGGAACACUCCACUGUGUUGUGGAAAGCUAAAGCAGGAGUGCGUGUUUGAAUAUAUUUGCGUGAGCGUGACUUUGCUGCAUGGUACAGGCCAGGGCAUGUCUGGUUUUCUCCCAAUGGUAUGGUUCUUGCCUACAUACAUCUGUACACUAAACAGUACGGCAGCUUACUACUUUUACAUACCGGGUAAUAGCUCUCAUCCAUGCUGCGUUGCUAUGUUGGAGAGCCGUGCACUAGCGGUCUGCGCAUUAUCCUGUUGGUGAAAGCGAGUAUGUACAUCUCUGUCGCAGGAGGGUUGCAGUGGAUGUGCGUCACCGAGGAGCGUUGCAUGUAGCAAUGAUAGGUUGUGUGGGGACACAAAAAAUAGAUUGCAGUACAAUUCAAUGCUGUGCAGGCGUUGCGUAGGAAACUAGGAAUGGGGCGAUUACGGCCUUCUCGUCCUACACGCUUGGGGAGUCUAGAACCAGGGCCAGUACCAUGUAGCCUGUGAACCCCUGCCAUGUGCAACUUUCUGCACUGCUUUAUUACUGGCUUGCAGCGGG